AUAGCUCAAGGACUGGGUCUGACCUAGAUUAAGAGAAUCGCCUCUCGUCCACACAAAGUUUCUCACGCAACGUUAUCAAGAUUAGCUUUUGGAGCGAUUGUCAACAUGUCGGGAGCCUGUAAGAAAUUGAUUAACACUGUGGAGCAGUGUGUGGACGAGAACCUGGAGGGUUUGGUGGCUGUCAACCCCGGACUGCAGCUGCUGGAGGGACUGCGGGUGGUAGUGCGGACGGACGUCGGACCGAAUGUCGUUGGGGCGGGCAAGGUGUCCCUUCUUAGCGGGGGAGGGUCGGGUCAUGAACCCGCACAUGCAGGUUAUGUUGGCCCUGGGAUGCUGACGGCAGCAGUAGCAGGGUCAGUGUUUGCGUCCCCGCCUCCAUACAGCAUAUUAGCUGGCAUCAAGGCUGUGUCAGCACCAGGCUCAGCUGGUGUUUUGCUGAUAAUAAAAAAUUACACAGGAGACAGACUAAACUUUGGCAUGUCGGCCGAGAGAGCCAAGUCCCAGCUAGGUGUGAAAGUAGAGAUGGUAGUAGUCGGAGAGGACUGUGCCCUAACCUCCUCCGACAAGACAGCAGGGAGGAGGGGGCUCUGUGGGACCCUCUUUAUCCACAAGAUCUGUGGAGCUCUGUCAGAUGAAGGGAAGAGUCUGGAAGAGAUUGUCAAAUUAGCCAAGGAUGCUGCUUCAAAAAUGGGAACCAUUGGAUUGAGUUUGACCCCCUGCAGUAUUCCUGGGUCUGGGCCAUCCUUUCAGAUAGCAGAUGACGAAAUGGAACUAGGACUGGGAGUUCAUGGAGAAGCUGGGGUGAAGAGGACUAAGCUGGUCAGUGCUAAGGAAGCAGUCAAGAUGAUGAUAGACCACAUGACCAACCCCAGUAAUUGUACACAUCUUCCUGUCAAAAAAGGUGACCGAGUGGCUUGUAUGAUCAAUAACCUGGGAGGGACGUCCAUGUUGGAGCUAAACAUCAUUGCCAAGGAGACCAUAGAAUUACUAGAGAGCCGAGGAGUGGUUGUUGAGAGGGCUUACUGUGGGACCUUCAUCACAUCCCUGGAGAUGGCUGGAAUAUCUAUCACACUGCUACACCUGGACGACACUCUGAGGCGCUGCCUGGAUGCACCCACAACUGCCCCAGCCUGGCCUCGCCCACUUCUGCCCUGUGGGACGAUGACUCGCAAGACCCCUGUCAGGAUGCCCAGGGAGGACAUACAAGCCAAGGUCACUAAAACUGGUCCCAAGAUGGCGACUGUUGAGUCAGCUGAAGCAAGCCUUAUUCAUGAUUGUCUGAAGCUGGCAGGAGAACGGCUUGUGGCUGCAGAAUCACAAUUGAAUGAGCUGGACCGUGAGAGUGGAGACGGAGACUGUGGCAGCACUAUGGCUAGGGGCGCUCAUGGUAUAUUGGCUAGUUUGGGAAGCAAGGAAAAUCCAAAGUUACCGAUCUCUUGUCCGGGUGGCCUUGCCCUGACCUUAGCUAGUGCUGCAGAGGACACAAUGGGAGGGUCAUCGGGAGGGUUGUACAGCCUUUUCUUCACUGCUGCCUCCACCUGUCUACAGACUACUGUCUCCCCCAACACUUACUGUGACGCUCUCAUUGCCGGAAUACAAACGAUGAUGAAGUACGGUGGUGCUGAGCCAGGGGACAGAACUAUGCUGGAUCCUCUACACUCGGCCAGCCAGGCGUGGUCAGCAGCUCUGUCCAGCCACUCACCACUGGAUGCUUUCCACCUGGCUGUAGAGGCUGCAGAGAAGAGUGCAGAAGAGACGGUCACUAUGAAAGCUCAGGCUGGUAGGGCCAGCUAUGUCAGCGCUGACCACCUGAAACACCCUGACCCAGGUGCACGAGCAGUGGCCAUUUGGAUGAGGGCAGUGCUGGAAGCCCUGACGUCAUAAUGGGUGGCAGCUCAAACAGUGCAAUCCAGUGUCCUGUCUUUGUGGAUGAGAGUGAUUGUUUUAUUCCAGACCGUAGGUUCAUCCUUAAUUGUCGUUAAUGUUACCUUAACCACUGACGUCACUUUUAAUCUGCAAUCUUAACUCACAUCCAGACGUUCCAUCGCGGAUUAUACUCAGGUAUCACAAUUAGAAGGAAGAUUGAUAGUGUGAUUUAGCUUUAUUAAACAGGUGCUAUAUAUUCUGGUUGUGAUUUCGUAAACACUAACAUGCAAGUGUCCAAUAAUUGUAUGUCUAUUCGCGAGUGUGGAAGUCUUCCUGCAAUGGUGUCAUAGUACUUGUUCUGUAUUAAGUUAUACAAAAUGUAUCUUGCCAGAGAAAAUGUUUAUUGUGGUGCGUGAAUGAAUGUCUAUACAGAUAAAUUAAUCCUUGCUCAUAAUUUUACAAAUCAACGUCGAUGAUAUUGUGAUAUUGACUUUUAACAUUCAACAUAUCAUGUUAAUAUAUUGUGAUAUUGUUUAUAAAACAAUACGAAGAUUAAAAUUUAUAGUAAAAGUAAUUAAAUGG